CAGAAACACGGAAACAAGCUCAGGCAGACAGACCAUGCGUGGUUUCAGAGGAAGCGCUGGUGCGCGGCAGUUUGUGGCGCCGCCGUGGAGGAGCGGAGAGACGAGCGGCCGGAGGAGACAGACACAGGCCGGUCCACAGCACCGCUGAGCCGGGAGCAGCAGAGGAGGCUCCGCGUCAGUGCCAACUCAUCCAGGAGCUGGUGGACAUCAGUCUCACAGGACCAGGUGCACCACAACCAACCAGCACAGCCAGCAGGAGUGACGCACGUUACUGGUGAAGCUGACCGAGUACAUGUGGACACAGCUGCUGUGGAAGCAGAGGGUACCAGAACGGGAGAGACCUGAAGCUCUGACUCGAUACCUGAGACUGGAGACCUGGCUCCUCACCGCUGACCUCUCACCCCAGUUUAUACAGGCUGCAGCACGGAAGCUCUCGUUGGACGGUUUGCUGCAGAUGUCCAGCUCUGAGCUGCAGGACACAAUGAGACGCCUGGGCUCCAACUCGGAGGAUCGUUCUCGCCUCACUGCUGCCCUCUCCUGUCUGAAGAGUGCCGAUGAAACAGGAUGCGACCAAAGGUCUGACUCCGACUCGGCCCCGCAACCUACUGGUCCCCGCGGCCACUCCAUCUCCAUAUCAGUGGCACCUUGUUCAGACAAUCAGAGACCAUACGUGUCACCUGACGAAACACCCGAUGUCUUCACCCUGGACCCAAGCACCCCUCCGGCCACCCAAACGUCAAAGACGCGCACCGCCAGGGCCUCCCACACGUCACCGCUACCUUCCCGAAAGCUGCUGCAGCUCCUCCCCCUCAUCGCACUGGCGAGAAGCAGGUGUCAAGAGUCGCAGCUGGCCAAUCGCAUCGAGGAACCUGCCUCACACAAGACCUGUAAGAGGAACAAAGUGCUGGCCGCCCUUCACAUCAACGGCUCUGGGAACAAUCCUGAGGAUCCGGCGCUGCGCUCGCCGCUGCUGUCUGCCCGGACACCCGGCCCUGUCCCCGCCUCAGCCCCAUACAUGAUGCCAGCCGUCCCCACCCUGCUGGACAAUGUGACCAUGCACAGAAGUUCCCCUCAGACAAUGAGGAGAGACAUUGGCCUGGCCAUAACACACAGGUUUUCAACCAAGUCUUGGCUCUCCCAGAUGUGCCAAGUGUGUCACAGGAGCAUGAUGUUUGGUGUCAAGUGCAAGCACUGCAAGUUAAAGUGCCACAACAAAUGCACCAAAGAUGCUCCCUCAUGUCGGAUAUCAUUUCUCACAUUGCCAAGGAUGCGCAGGGCAGAAUCCGUGCCAUCAGACAUCAAUAAUCGCAUCGAUCUCAUAGCGGAGAUCCCACUGCAGUGGGGCACUUUACCAAAGGCAUUAACCAAAAGGGAGCCACCCCCCAAUUUAAACCAGUUGGAUUCCAGCAGUAACCCAUCGUCAGCCACCUCCUCCACACCUUCCUCCCCAGCACAUUUCCAGCAGAGUAACAACCCGAGUGUCAGCACCACCCCUCCACACAACGCCUCACCGCGGGGCUCCUGCGACAACCGCUUCCACUUCCCAGAUGUCUCUGCUUCCACACAUGCUCCUGCUUCUCUCCAUUCUGGCAGCUGCCAUGAGUCUGGAGUGUCUCAGGGGGGCGUCACUGAGACUCAGCGACCAGCCACAGAACAGGAAAGGGAGGAGGAGGCUGAGGAUGAGGAAGCAGCUGACCGGGGCAGCAGUAACAACAACUAUCCCAAUGAGGAGGGGGAUGAGGACGGACUCGAGGACCUGCCGUCUGCCAUAUGUCGUCGUGGGACCGCUGGCCGCUGGAGGGGCCAAAUCUCUCGUAAAGCCAGCCAGAACAGCAUCUACCUGCAGGAGUGGGACAUCCCAUAUGAGCAGCUGCAGCUGGGAGAGCUUAUUGGCAAGGGUCGCUGGGGGAAGGUGCACAAGGGUCGCUGGCACGGUGAGGUGGCCAUUCGCCUCCUGGAGGUUGACGGAAACAACGAGGAUCACCUGAAGCUCUUCAAGAAGGAGGUGAUGAACUACAGGCAGACCAGGCACGAGAAUGUGGUCCUGUUCAUGGGCGCCUGCAUGGCUCCGCCCCACCUCGCCAUCAUCACCAGUUUCUGUAAAGGGUUCACUCUCUACUCUGUUGUGAGGGAAAGAGGUCACAUGCUGGACAUCAAUAAAACCAGACAGAUUGCACAGGAGAUCGUGAAGGGAAUGGGUUAUCUUCAUGCUAAAGGCAUCAUCCACAAGGACCUGAAGUCUAAGAACGUCUUCUAUGACACCAACAAGGUUGUCAUCACAGACUUCGGCCUGUUUGGGAUGUCUGGCGUGGUACAGGAAGGCAGAAGGAAGAACGUGUUGAGGAUACCCCAGGGCUGGAUCUACUACCUGGCUCCAGAGAUUGUUCGGCAGAUGAGCCCAGAGGUGGAGGAGGACCAGCUGCCUUUCUCCAAAGCUGCAGAUGUUUAUGCAUUUGGCACAAUCUGGUACGAGCUGCAGGCCGGAGACUGGCCAAUCACCAACCAACCCGUGGAGGCUAAAAUCUGGCUGGUGGGCAGCAAUGAGGGCAUGAAGAAGGUGCUGGCAGAAGCCAACCUGGGCAAGGAGGUCACGGAGAUCCUGUCCGCCUGCUGGUCCCCUGAGGCAGACGACAGGCCCACCUUCAUCCAGCUGGCAGACAUGCUGGAGAAACUUCCCAAACUGAACCGCAGACUGUCUCACCCCGGACACUUCUGGAAGGCAAAUGAUCACUUCCUCUUGGGGGCCGACUGAUCCACCUGCCUGCUCCUGCUGUGCCUGAUCUCCGCGGUCUCACUUGGAACCUGCUUUUCCUCCUCCGUCUACGCCUGUCUGUCUAUUCGCUCGCUUGUUUUCCAACACUCCUGAUUUCUGUCUCUUCACUCCGUUCAUCUCCUGGUGAAGGUCGUGGGAUCGUCAUCACUGUCUGAGAGAUCACUGCCAUCAGGGCCUGCAUGCACACUGUCCAUACAUGUACAAAUACAGCAGCUGAGAGGCAAUGGUGCUCUUUAAAACUGACACUGGAUUUGAGCAAAUACUGACUAAAUUAUUAGGAUUUUUUGAUUCAUGUUAUAUUUAUUCUGCCCACAUUGUCGUCAUGCAAGGGGAGCGUCACAUGACAGAGACCCGCCCAAAGCAUCUUUUGGCUAAUUUUUGAUACACUAAGUUGUCAAGUAUAAUAUACAUUAGCCACAGAGCCUGCCAUCAUUUGACGAGGCUCAAUUGACACACACCAAAGUCGCCAUGAAGCCAGAACAAUCAGUUGAGAUACAGGAGCAAGAAUGUGCUGAUCCAGGGAGUGUUGUCAAAUAGCUGAUUUCCUGAAGAGGUUCUAUAGAUCAUAGGAUCGAGGUUACAUGCAAUAAAAACUGGUACAUUUUAAUUGUCAUUUCUAGUGUAGAGGCAUCUUAAGGUUGUCUUAGUCAGGUACAGGCCACGAGCAUCAGUUACCACAUCUAAAUGAGCUGCUGUAUUUAUACAUGCAAAACAUGGGAAAUGCUGGCUGAACAACUCUAGUCUCUUGCUGUGGCUGACUGCAUAUUGGCACCAUGGCAGAAACGUUUGGCUCAAUUCCUUGUUUUGACGAGAUCCUUUCACAUUAUGAAAUUAUAUUUUUCAUGUUGUUAUUAGAUAUUUUCUUGUUAUUUGCAGAUACUGAUUCAUUCAGUUUUUACAAGAAAGCUCUCUUUAUUAAAGCUCUAGAAAAAUCACAUGCUGCAAUGACUUCCCUCGUGAACUGUUUUUUCAUUACAAGAAAGUUUUGUGAUGUAAGAAGAUAAAGGGAUGAUGUUUUUAUUUCCACAAAACUUCCUCGCGAAACGAGACAUUUAUUGAACAAAGAGGAAAGAGGUUUUCUGCACAAAGGCUCUUGCUGCUUCACCUAGUAAUACAGAGACUCGAGUUAGUGAUAUAUAUAUAUAUACUAGUUUCAACAUGAGAGACACAUAAUGGAGACGUUCAAACUGACAUGACGUGAUGUCGAGAGGAUUGUGGUUUAGAAACUUUUCCAUUUUUUUGUCCUGAACACCUUUCUACCGCUGUACAGAAAACAGAUGUUAAGACUUUGUUAGCACACUAAAAGAUUCAGUGGGUCAGAGUGACACCCCCCACAAUGAGAUUUAUUUAGAGCUGCAGAUGAAACUGUCGUAUUUGUUCAGUCCACAUUCGAAGCCGGACAGCAGCAAAAUGCUGAGAAUAAUGGUUUUGUUAAAUACAAAAGAGAUGUGUGAAAUUGCCACAGGUGUGUGUGUGUGUGUGUAUUUCUUGUGUUUUUCUGUAUCACUCAAGCGAACAAAGUGUGUGGUUUCAUACACUCACUGAUUGUGUCUGAAUGUUUUUGGGCUUCACAAAUGCAGUGGAAGCCAGUCAAACAUAAUAUAGCAUUAACCGAAUGCAUAUAUGUAUAUAAAGAGCUAGAGGUUGUAUUUAAUAUACAGUGCUGAUGUUUGAUUCGUUAUUGGUACUUCUUUCAUAUUUAUAUGAUUUGAGACACUGUAAACUGUUGACAGUUGAUUGGUGUUUGUUUUUCUCGGGAUGGGGUGGGAGAAUUUUUGUACAGGAUUUGUUGAAGUUUCUGUUCUGAACUGCUGUAAACAUUAAAACUGAUCUCCAAAGAU